AUGUUCGCAGAGAGUUGCGCCGCCACAACGACCACCGCGUCAUCGCCGGCGAAGGCGGUGAAGCUUGGCGGUCAGCUUCGCUCCUCUGUUCGCGUGAUGGAUCGGCUGACGAGUAGCCACCUCGACCAUCUCGUCGCAUCGCGCCGCAGCGGCGACGCCGUCUCUCGUGACUCCCUCGCUGCCCUCUACUCUCUAGCGACGAAGCUGCAUUCACCCGCUCUGCGCUUCGCAUCGAAUGCGAUCGAAACGAGUAGGGAGCGCCACAUCACGACGGAGCAGAUAUGGGGGCAGCUGAGCAUGCUGCUGCGGCCCGUCCUGCGCCAGCUCCAAGAGGGUGUGCGCAAGGCUGAGAAGCUGUACGGCGAUGGCACGGAAGGCAGGAAAGAGGGUAACAAGAGGAGACGCGCAGCGCAGCAGCUGAGGAGGAAAGAGAAGGCAGAUGCGGACGAUGCCAGCGAUGCCUCAGACAAGGACGAAGACCUGCGUGGUGUGGGCGGCUCCGGUGCGGCGGCCGACGACGUCCUCUCCACCCGCACCUCCGAGCUGGACGAGAGCGACCUCGACGAGGAGAUCGCGGACCUCCUCCAGCGUCAGGCGGCGAAGAAGAAGGCAAAGGGGAAGGAGGCGAAGAAGGACGACGACGGCGCGGAUGCGUGGCGCUACGCGUUCGGCAAGAGCAACCUCGAUGAAGACGACGAGGAGGAAGACGACGACGACUGGGACGGCGAGGACUCGGACCGCGGCACAUCACGUCGUCGCCGGCGCGAGGAGGCGGCCGCAGACGAAGAGGCGGAGGAAGACGAAGACGAUGAUGAGAAGGCAGGCGACCGCCGCACCCGCGAUCGCAACCUGCGUGCCAUGGCGGACGCCGAUGACGAGGAGGAAGAGAACGAUGCGGAUGAGGAGCUGGCAGCCCUGAAGGAGCUCUACGGGGAGGACUUCGAGGACGAUGGGCGGGGCUUUGUCGGCGACGAGGAGGACGAGGACCCCGGCCUCGCCGAGGACAUCGAGCUCGACGACCCCGCCAACGAGGACGGACGUGGCGGUGAUGCCGCCGCGUACAGUGAGCGAGACGGCAUCUACUUUGGCAAGGGUGACAUUUUAAACGACGAGGCCGGCGACUUCGAAGGGGCGGAGGGCGGCCUGUACGGCGACGAGGCCGCCUUCGAGGAUGAGGACGGCUUUGGCGACGAAACCGGCGACCACGGUGGGGCGGAUGGAGAGGCGGAGGAGGAGAUGGACGAGGAGCUGGAGGCAGCUCUGCGCGAUCCGAACCUCUCGGACCUCCAGAAGGAGCGUCUUCGCGAGCAGCACAUGGUGCGCAAGAUGGAGGAGAAGCGGCUGUUUGGCACGGACUGGAGUAUGACCGGCGAGACGGCCGCCAACAAACGUCAGCGUGAUGCGCUGCUCGAAGUCGACGAUCUCGAGUUUGAGUACGGUAUGAAGGCGACACCCGUGGUGACGGAGGCUUUCACGGCAAAGCUGGAGGACCGCAUUCGGCAACGCAUCCAGGACGAAAACUUCGACGACGUGCAGCGCAAGACGACGCUGUCGACGGAGGCGGACAUCGCGAAGCCCAAGUACGACGCCGCCCUCGACGCGCAGAAGUCGAAGAUGUCCUUGAUGGACCUCUACGAGAAGGAAUUCCUCGAGAAGCAGCGACUGGCGGAGGAGGGCGCCGGCGGGCCUGGUGCCCCAAGCGCGGAGCCUCUCACCGAAAUCGAGAAGGACGAGCUGCGCGCUAUUCAGAUGUGGCAACGUCUCGCCCAGCACCUCGACGCCCUCAGCAACUUCCACUUUACGCCGAAGCCGGUACAGCAGGACCUCGACGCCCGCGUGCGUGCGGUGGAGAAUCAGGCCCCGGCGGUGGUGAUCGAGAACGUCGGCAACUUCGCCACGACGCGCGAGAACGCGCUGGCCCCGCAGGAUUUGUACCGCGGCUCGUCACACCGCUUCGCUGAUGUUGGCACAGAUGAGCUGACACCGAAGGAGCGUCACGCUCUGCGCCGCGCCAAGAAGGAGACGGGGAAAAAGGACAAGGAGCGCAAGGAGGACCGCGAUAAGCAGCGCAAGGAGGCUCGCAGGAAGAAGAGUGAGGAGGAGGCUGUGGCGAAGGAUGCGAAGGGGAAGUAG